UUCCCCAAGACGAAGUGGAGGCAGCCAAGCGGAACUGGAACAGCGAGGAGUGCAGCAGAGCUGCAGUGCACCUCUUCCAUCUCGCCCACUGAUUGUGUCCGGUUCCGGCAUGGGCAAAACCGCUGGCUUGUGUUUAGAUCUUUCGGUCGACUUAUUCAAUCACGCAGCCUCUUGCACGCCCAGGUCGCUCACGCAAAUCUGCCAAAACUGUGCUUUUUGGGUGGGAUUUACGAGAGAGAAAGUUUCUUCUUUAUGAGAGAAGUGGCGACGACGAGCUGCGUGCGGUGCCUUCAGACUGCUGCUCACGUAGGUUGAGUAGAGUCACGACCCCAUCCUCCCACGUGAUACAGCCUCAGGAGCCACAUCUUCUCCGUUAUUUAAUCGCGGCAUCGCCGGUGAAAAGGGCGGGCCAUUGCCAUUGCCAUUCUACCCAACGGUGGCAUUGAUCGUCGCCGGCGACGCGAUGGACGCGGACGCGCUGCUGGAGAAGAUACGGGUGCUGGAGGAGGGGCAGGCCGAGCUCAAGCGGGAGAUAGGCAAGCUCACGACGGGCCGCCGCGCUUUCCGCGCGCUGCCGCCGCAGCCGCAGCCGCGACGCGUCGUCGCCCGCAGCGGCGGCGGGUUGGCCAGCAGGCACUGCCACUGGAAGUGGGUACUGCAGUCGCUGGCGCAGGCCGUGCACAUCAUUGGCCCCGACGGCAAGUUCCUGUACUGGAACCGGUAUGCUGAGCAUUUGUUUGGCUAUUCUGCAUCAGAAGCAGUUGGUCGGAGUGCCGUUGAAUUAAUUGUUCAUCCUACUGACUACGAUGCAGCAAAAAUCGUCAUCCAGACUAUAUUUACAGGGAAGUGCUGGAGAGGCAAGUUUCCUGUUAAGAACAAGUCAGGAGACAGGUUUUUUAUCCUUGGCCAGAACACCCUUUUAUACGGUGACGAUGGUAGCUUGGUGGGCCUUAUUGGUAUCUCGCAUGAUUUACGGACAUUAGAGGAGAUAUGUAGUCCCUCAGGCUCAGCGGAAUCCUAUCCAAGUACAGCAAAGCCCCAGUUCCAUGCUAACAACCAGCCUAAAAGUGGUUCACUAAACAAAGGUUCUCUUCACUCCCAGCAACCUCUUCAAUCUUCUACUACCUCCAAGAUAGUAAAUUUGGUUACCAGUGUUACAAGUAGAGUUCGUUCUCGGAUACGGACAGACCAGAAUAGCGAUAAACAGUAUGGUAGUGGCUCUGAGGGCCAGUAUUCUGAACUUGAUCUCCAGGACGAGCUGGUAUCAAGUAAACAAAAUAACCCUAGUGGGGAUGUAAUGCAUCGUGCCUUUGUGGCCGAAGAGAAAUCCCCUGGCAAGUCUUGCAAAACAAUUAGUGAUGAUUCAGGAGAAGGAAAAGUAGGGUUUCACAAGAUUUUAAAUUCAAAGGCUGAGGCAUUGUUGGCCAAGAUGGGCAUAUCAUGGCCUUGGAAAGGCCAUGAAAUUGAUGGGGGUUCUGGGAAUAAUAACGUGAACUCAACACAGUUGCAUGAUAAGCCAGAGAAUGACCAGACUCAUCAGAGAGUUCCAGUUCUAGAGCCUAUCAUAAUUCCAGGCUGCCAAGACAGCGAAUACACUUGGGCUAGCAAAUAUGAGGUCUCAGGUUCCUGGUGGGAUUUCAACAAGGACAGAGCGAGUAGCAUGUGCAGCACUGGCAGUACUAAUAGCAGCGGUAUUGACAGAGUAGAUUAUGAAGCAGACUACUUCGAUGAUGAGAUUUUCUGGGAAGACCUAGUAAUUGGAGAACAAGUAGGUCAAGGUUGUUGCGGAACAGUGUAUCAUGCUUUGUGGCAUGGCUCGGACGUGGCAGCUAAAGUAUUCUCCAAGCAGGAAUAUUCAGAAGAAUUGUUAACUACCUUCAGACAAGAGGUAUCAUUGAUGAAGAAACUACGACAUCCCAAUAUAAUACUUUUCAUGGGUGCAGUCGUGUCGCAGCAACCACUUUGUAUUGUUACUGAAUUUCUCCCACGCGGGAGUUUGUUUCAGUUGCUCCAAAAUAAUAUUGGCAAGCUGGAUCCAAGACGGAGAGUUAACAUGGCUAUAGACAUUGCAAGGGGCAUGAACUAUCUUCACACUUCCAUCCCCACUAUUGUGCACCGUGAUUUGAAAUCGCCAAACCUGCUGGUUGAUAAGAAUUGGAAUGUAAAGGUUGCGGACUUUGGUCUUUCACGUCUGAAACUCGAAACAUUUCUGACAACAAAAACUGGAAAGGGAACACCGCAGUGGAUGGCUCCGGAGGUGCUGCGGAGUGAACCUUCAAAUGAAAAGUCUGAUGUAUUCAGCUACGGAGUGGUCCUAUGGGAGCUUGUUACUCAGAAGAUUCCCUGGGAUACUCGCAAUACAAUGCAAGUUGUCGGAGCCGUGGGUUUCAUGGAUGACAGACUUGAAAUUCCAACGGACACGGAUCCUCAGUGGGCAUCGAUGAUCCAGAGUUGUUGGGACAGUGACCCGCAACGCCGCCCUUCGUUCCAAGAACUCCUUGAGAGGCUCCAGGAUCUGCAAAAGCAGUGCACCGUUCAAGCGCAGACGGAGCGGAAAAGGGAGCGGAGAAGUGCUGGAAAGAUGAGCGCCAAAGAUGAGAGCUAGCUUUGUGUUCUGAUGGAGAUGGAUUAUGCAGCCCCCAUCUUGGGGGGUGGCUUAUACAACACGAGUCUGGAAGGGUUUGGCUCAAAUUGCCACCUUGAGGCUUGAAGCUUUGGAGUGCAGUUCAGGGAGGACGCUGGCGACGUGACAUGAGACUGGCAGUCGCUUCAAGGCUAGUCUGGAUUUGCAGAACCUGGGAUAGGUGUUAAGAUAUGAUUGGUCCAAAGCUCAAUCAUUGUACAUGUGGAGUGUGUGCUAGCCAUGGUAUUGGCAUUGUAUUUGUUAGGAAUAAAUUAAUUAGAAUAGUUAAGGGAUAGUUCCUGCUUAAUAGCAACCGACUUAAGUCUAACAACCGUCAUUGGUUGCCAUCCUUUGUAAGGGUCGCGUCCGUCAGACUCGCCCCCUCAGAUUGUAUAUAUAGCCUUUCGUCGUCAAUAAAGAUAACGAUUCACU